CUCGAGGUAAGGGCUGAAAUGUGCCUCUUCCGCAUUACAAACCGGCGAGCACUAGGACCAAUGAAGGCUGCAUUAACACUUUACAAUUAGGGAAGACUUAUGUGGGUAGCAGCGCUUUGAGUGGAAUUUGGACAAAGUUCCUGUCUUUGAUAAACCACCACAAGAAAGACACAAACAAAUCCGCAGAAGAGAGAGACCCGCUGGCCACCUGCGUGAGCGCGCCUUAAACCUGGCAGUGGAAUACCUGUUUCAUUCCAGGUGCUUUCUUCUCGGAAUUGAACAGAACGGGCAUUGUGUCCGGAAUCAAGGUGUGUGAUGUGUCCAGGUGUGUGUGGGGCGGGCGGUACCCAUGGUAACCCCUCUGCCCGCAGCAGUUCCGGGUCGCGCUACGCGCUGUGUGCUCUGGGCGUCGGCCUGGUGGCGCUGGGCGUGGUCAUGAUCAUCUGGACCGUGGUGCCUCUGGACGCCGCGGCCAAUCAGAACGCCACCUUCCUGAAGCCCCGCCCCACGGACCAGCCCGGCGAGGAGGAGGAGGAGGAGUCCAAGAGCAAGACGUCGUCGGUGGCGUUCGUGCUGGUGGGCGCCGGGGCGGCCAUCUUGCUGCUGGCCAUCUGUCUGGGCGUGCGCGAGAAGAAGAGGAGCCGCCACAGGGCCUCCCAGCCCACCAGCGCAGGGGCUCAGCCACAGUUCAGGGACCAGGGGGACCAGGAGUCAGCUGAGCCGCCCCCUGAUUACGGCGUGCCUAGUUACGAGGACGCGGUGGGCAGCGGUCAGUACCCGAUCCGCCAGAGCAACCUGCGCAACAGCACGACGCACCUGCCCUCCUACGAAGACCUCAUCGCCGCCGUCAACAACGAGCCGGACGCACCUGGACCCAGCGCCGGAACCACCCACCCGCCCCCGGACACGGACCCCCCGCCCGCCGCAGACGACCACGCCCCCACUGACCCCGCCCCUAGCCCCGCCCCUAGCCCCGCCCCCGCGGUGCCCCCCCAGCGCAGUGCCAGUCGUGCCAGUCGUCUGUUGCGGCCGCUGCGUGUGCGACGCUUCCGCUCGGAGAAGCUGCACCUGAAGGAGGUGCGUCUCAACAUCAACCCCCCCGCACCCGGCACCGUGGUCCUCGAGCCGCUCACGCCCCCCCCACAGUACGACGGAGACAAGGCACCCCCCUUCUGAACACACACACACACACACACACACACACACACACACACACACCCACACACACACCUCCCUGUUCUGCUCCAGACUCCUCCCUGUUCUGGUGCAGACUCCUCCCUGUUCUGGUGCAGACUCCUCCCUGUUCUGGUGCAGACUCCUCCCUGUUCUGGGCCGGUCUGUAUUGGUAUCUGUAUAUUACUGACCCCCAUACUGACCCCAUAAGGACUACUGACCCCCAUACUGACCCCAUAAGGACUACCGACCCCCAUAAGGACUACUGACCCCCAUAAGGACUACUGACCCCCAUAAAGACUACUGACCCCCAUAAGGACUACUGACCCCCAUAAGGACUACUGACCCCCAUAAAGACUACUGACCCCAUAAGGACUACUGACCCCCAUAAAGACUACUGACCCCCAUAAGGACUACUGACCCCCAUAAAGACUACUGACCCCCAUAAGGACUACUGACCCCAUACUGACCCCCAUAAAGACUACUGACCCCCAUAAGGACUACUGACCCCCAUAAGGACUACUGACCCCCAUAAAGACUACUGACCCCAUAAGGACUACUGACCCCCAUAAAGACUACUGACCCCCAUAAGGACUACUGACCCCCAUAAAGACUACUGACCCCCAUAAGGACUACUGACCCCAUACUGACCCCCAUAAAGACUACUGACCCCCAUAAGGACUACUGACCCCCAUAAGGACUACUGACCCCCAUAAAGACUACUGACCCCAUAAGGACUACUGACCCCCAUACUGACCCCCAUAAAGACUACUGACCCCCAUAAGGACUACUGACCCCAUACUGACCCCCAUAAGGACUACUGACCCCCCAUAAAGACUACUGACCCCCAUAAGGACUACUGACCCCCAUAUUGACCCCCACUGAGUGAAUCACUACUGACUUUAUUCAUAUGCACCUUUGUGUGCAGCACAGUGUGUAACUGUGUGUGUGUGUGGGGGCUGUGUGCUACCUGUGUGUGUGUGGGGGGGGAUGUGUGCUACCUGUGUGUGUGUGGGGGGGG